AUGCCUUCUCUUCAAGUUCUCUACCAGCCUGGAGCUGUUAUGUGUCUCCUGAUUGUGUGCUUAAUUCUGGAGACUGCCCAUGCUCAACAUGAUUGGCGCAAUCUACUUUCACUAAACAUGAAAAUUUCUCCAAUGAGAAAUGCAAAUCAAUUUGAAGUGAGACUCACAAUUACAAACAAUGAAAAUAAAUGUAUGGCGGUAAGAGCCAGUACUAAGGACAAUUCAUACAUAACGUACCUUAGUACUCAUGCAACAUACACGGCUUGCAUAUGUGCCACAAACAACUUCUUCUGGGAAAUCCAAGUCUCUGCAAAAACUUUCCUACAAGUGAAAGCAGAAGUUGUGCCAGCUAAGGGAAUAUGUCCUGAUGGUGAGAAAACAUACCCAGUAACCACCUACAUGAAGACUAUUACUCAUGAAAUCCUUGUAACACCAUAA